AUGGCUAAUGUGUUUCUACAGUUUUUAAUUGAUGUUGAAAAUGGAGAUUUAGAUGCUGUUAAACGAAAUAUUCAAAAUGGUAUUAGUUUAGAAACACAUGAUGAAGAUCAACAAACAGCACUUAUUUUAGCUGCUCGAUGUGAUCAUUUCGAAUGUGUAAAAGUCCUCAUUGAAGCUCAUGCUGAUGUUAAUGCUGAAGACGUGGAUCAUUGGACAGCAUUAUUGAACGCAUGUCACAAUGGAAAUUUAGAUAUCGUAUGUUUUCUUACUGAGAAUGGUGCGCAUAUUGAACAUUGUGAUUGUGGACAAUUUACUCCAUUGAUGUGGGCAUCCUAUCAAGGACAUACAGGAAUUGUUGAAUAUUUAUUAAAUUGUGGUAGUAAUGUUAAUGCUCAGGAUGAACAUGGUAUAUCAAGUUUAAGUUGGGCAUCAGGACGAAAUCAUGUUGAGAUUGUAACAUUAUUACUUGCAGCUGGUGCUUUACCUAAUUUAUACGAUAAGAAUAAUACAAGUCCAUUAAUUUGGGCCAGUAGACGUGAUUAUACAAAAAUAGUCGAUUUAUUACUAAAACAUAAUGCUAAUGUUAAUAAUAUUGGAAUGAAAAAUAUGACAGCUCUUUUAGCUGCUACAAAAGGUGGUCAUGCAGAAACAGCUCUUCGUCUUCUUGAAAAUCGAACAAUUGAUAUUAAAAUACAAGAUAAAGAUGGACAAACACCAUUGAAUCAUGCAUGUGCACAAGGUCUUACUGAUGUUGUUGCUGAACUUGUCCAACGUCAUGCAUAUGUUAAUACAGUUGAUAAAAAUGGCGAUCCAGUUCUUUUUUCUGCUGUUAAAGGUGGAAAAGAAGAUUGUGUUGCUAUUCUACUUGACAAUCAUGCUGAUAUAAAUGCAAUUGGUGCUGAAAACAAGACAGCAAUUUGGUGGGCUGUAGAAUGUGGUCGAUUGGAUGUAGUCAAAUAUUUGCUUCAUUAUAAUCCUGAUGUUGAAGUAUCAGGUGGUCCUGAUGAUGAUACACCAUUAUUAUUAGCUACGAAACGAAAACGUGUUGGUAUUGUUUAUGAACUUAUCAAAUAUGGAGCUAGAUUAUCAUCAGUUGAUCGGUUUGGUGAUAAUAGUUUACAUAUUGCUCUACGUAAUCGUAGUAGAGAUAUUGCUGAUAUUCUACUUUCUAAUCCAAGACAUUCAAAAUAUUUGUAUCGACCUAAUAAACAUGGUGAAACACCUUAUAAAAUAGAUGCUAGUCUUCAAAAGAGUAUUCUUACAACUAUUUUUGGACAACGAACAUUAAAUUUGAAUGAUGAUUCUAUUCUUGGUUAUGAUCUAUAUUCAUCAGCAUUAGCAGAAAUUUUAAGUGAACCAUCACUUCGAACUCCAAUUACUGUGGGUUUAUAUGCCAAAUGGGGUAGUGGAAAAUCAGCUUUGUUAACUCAUCUAAAAGAUGAAAUGUACGGCUUUGCUCAAUUAACAGAUUUUCCCAGUAUAAAAUGCUCACCAUUGCUUCUCUCAGUUAUUUUUAUCAUAGCAUUAAUUAUUAGUCUUGUUACUGGUUUUUUAAUUCAUUAUAUUGUUAGUAUAUCACUUGGUGUAAUAUUGAUUAUCUUCCCAAUAGCAUUUCUCGGUUUAAUUAAAUAUCUUCUUCGUAACAAAGAUUAUGGAUGGACAGCUAAUGUAGCACAAUUUAUAAAUAAACGUUUAGAAAUUUUACGAUUUCUACUUCAAGUUAUUUUUAUAAAUCCUUAUGCACAUUAUCGCUUAAUAACAAAUAAUACAAGUGAUUGUAAAAAGAUGAAAUUUAUUUUUACUGAAUAUGGUAAAGUUUCAACUGCUGAUAGUGAAAAAGCUUGUGCAAAUAUGAUUGCUGAACUUGCAGCUAAUGUUGAAGAAACAUUUGGACUUGUAGCAACACGUCUUUGUCGUGCACUUCAUUCCAAAAAUUUAAGUCAUCAUCGAUUUCGAUAUCUAUGUUGCAUACCAGCAUUCAUUUUUGUCGCUAUUCAAAUUAUACUUGCUGUAGUUCUAAGCAUUCUAAUAUUCGUGAAAGGUAUUCCAUCAAGUCAUCAUUCGAUCAAUACAAUUUAUAUUUUACUUAUAAGUGUAUUAGCACUUUCAAUUGUAUUCAGUUUUGCUACAUGGCUUCGAAUAUUAAUGGUAUUGAUGAAAUCACCUAAAUCAAAAAUUAUUAAAUUUUCAGAUCAUUCAUCACGUUUGAAUGAAAGUUCUCUUUAUCGACUUAGAAAAGAAGUUAGCCGAUUAUCAUAUAUUAUUAAAACAGUUGAAGCUUUUUUAAGUAUUAACACUCGUCUUGUUGUUCUUAUUGAUGGUUUAGAUGUUUGUGAACAACAACGUAUACUUCAAAUACUUGAUCAAGUACAUGUACUUUUGACAAAAGAAAAUGAUCCAUUUAUUACAUUGAUUGUCUGUGAUCCACAUAAAAUGAUUCAAGAUACGAAACCAUCAAUAACAAUAUCAUCAUCAGCAACAAAUCAACAUUCAAGUUUUGAAUCGAGUGUUAAUAGUCAUGAUUAUUUACUAUCGAUAAUUCAACUUCCAAUCUAUUUACAAUUAAAUUUAAGUAAAACAAAACAAUUAAAAAAAAAUGCUGAUAGUUUUUCAAAAAGAAGACUAACGACUAUUGCAAAUGGUACAUCAGUUCUCGAUGUUAGUGCAAAAUUAACAACAGCCAAGAAACUUUCAAAAAAUAAACGACGUCGACAACGACGAGAUACAUUACCAAAUACUAAACCAGUCUCAACUUCGGAAUUAACUCAUCAAUUACUUCAAUCCGAUUAUUUUCUUGAUAUAAAUCCACGAAUUCUUCAACGUCUUAUUAAUAUCAUUGCUAUGACUGGUCGACUUCUACGUGCUAAUCAAAUAUUAUUCAGUUGGAAACGUCUUGGAUGUUGGUCAUAUUUAGUCGAACAAUGGCCAUAUCGUAUUUCUUGGAUUGUUAUAUAUUAUGAAGAUCAUGAACAAGAUUAUGCAGAAGAUACUGAACUUAAAAUUCUUUAUAAUAAAAUUAAACCAUUUAUUCCAAUAUCAAAUGAUCCUCUUUUAGAACUUGAUCGUAAUGGACGUAAAUUUGAACUUUGUAUUGAACAAAGUGAACCUAUUUUGAAUGUUACUGAUUUAAAACAAUUUCUACCAUAUACAUGUAAUCUCGAUCCAUAUUUGAAUAAAUUAAUUCGAGAAUCUGCAGCAUAUUUUUACAUGAAUAAUAUAGAUGAAAAUGGUUUUAUUCUUAGUGAUCCAUCGCAUUUUUUUUCUCGUCGUGAUUCUAUUCUUAAUGGACACAGUGGUAUUUUACAACAAGCGCCAACAUCACGACAUCAAGGCGGGUUUUAUUCGAAAUUCAAUCCUCCUCCUAGAGCGGACUUUAUAGGAGGUUCAUAUCGUCCAAAUAUAUCAAUACCAAUGAGAAAACGAGACUAUGGUGAUGAUAAUCAUAUCCGAACAUCAUCUAUUUCAUCAUCAGUUCCUAGUACACAGCCAACAAUCGAACAACAAGUUUUAUCAAAUAAUGUCAAAUUGGAUUUAUCGCCAUCUCUAAGUCAGAUGACAGUGAAUGAUAUUUGUGAUUGUUUAAAGAAUGAUGUUAUUGGUUUGAAACCAACAAUGAUACCAAUCUAUAUUCAAGAUAUAAAUGAAAAUAAUAUUAAUGGUCAAGUUUUAAUAUCAUGUGAACUUGAUGAACUUAAACAAAUUCUUUCUAUGACAUUUGGUGAUUGGGUACUUUUUAGUAAUUGGAUACGAACAAAACGAGACGAAGAACAACGUUCUCGAUUUCAUCGACAAUCACAAUAUAAAUCAACAACUAAUAAUAAUGAUCAUCAAAAUCUAACAAACAAUGAUCCUUUUAAUGACUAUGAAGUCUAUUCUGAUAAUAGUGUACUUAGCGGUACAUUUAAUCAAUUAUUUUCUAAUACACUACCAAAUAAAACAAUGAAUUCUACUGAUAAAGUACUUGUUAAUGAUAAUAACAAAGUAUCAAUUAUUUCAAUACCAAAACAUGUCAAAUUUCUCAUUUCAUCGGAUCUAUCUGAUAUCACUUCAAAUGACAGUACAUUUGGUAUUAUUGAAUCAACAACAGGACAAAUUACACAUGUCAAAGAUAUAUUUUCAGUAAAUUUUCCAUUAGAAUCUCAAAUCAUAACAAAAAAUGAAACGGAUAAAGUUAUUUCUUCUUCAUCGUCGAAUUCUGUAACAAAUACAUUAUUAUUCAAUAAUAAACAUCAAGAGGAAAUUGUUAAAAAUGGCAAUGAAGAAAGUCCUUUACUUAUGAAUGAUAAUUCUAAUGAUAAAUGA